GCCCCCGCACCUGCUUGGCUUUUGGUCCGGUCAAUAUUCAAUACGGGCACGUGUCACUCCACGCCGCGCCUCAAACCAAGCAAUUAUGUUCAUUGUGUUCCUCAAUUCUCAUCAGUCCUCACAACACAACGCCUCUUCUCUCUCCCUCUCCCCCCUCUCCCUCUCCCUCUCUCUCUCUGACACUCGAAUCUUGCCUGAACCACAACCUCCCCUCCACACCUCACCACGCAGCAGCUUACCACGAUUUGACUUUUUGAUCGCCAACCGUCGCCAUGGGAACAGAGAGUCCGGCCAAUUACACUUACUUGGGACGGAGUCUCAGCGAAUUGAGUAUCAACGAUAAUUCUUCCUCUGCUUUCAGCGACUGUAACAGUGAUAGAUCUGGUGAAUUCCCCACUGCUUCUUCCCAGAGCCGCCGUCUUCUUAUCGCCUGCGCUUCUGAGAAUUCCGAUGAUUUUAUUCGCCAGCUCGUCUCCGAUCUCCAUUCCACUUCUAUUGACGAGCAAAAGCAGGCCGCCCUGGAGAUCAGAUUACUAGCCAAGAAUAAACAAGAAAAUCGCCUCAAAAUCGCCGAAGCUGGAGCAAUUAGGCCCUUAAUCUCGCUUAUAUCUUCCCCCGACCUUCAGCUCCAAGAGUAUGGCGUCACCGCGAUUCUGAAUCUUUCGUUAUGCGACGAGAACAAAGACCUUAUAGCUUCAUCGGGAGCGAUCAAACCUCUGGUUCGAGCUCUCAAGACAGGAACACCUGCGGCUAGAGAGAACGCGGCGUGCGCUCUGCUUCGUCUGUCGCAAGUGGAGGAGAAUAAGAUCGUAAUUGGAAGGUCGGGAGCUAUUCCAGCUCUGGUGAGUCUUUUAGAGAACGGGGGGUUCAGAGGGAAGAAAGACGCAUCGACGGCGCUGUAUUCGCUGUGUUCGGUGAAGGAGAACAAGAUAAGAGCAGUACAAGCAGGAAUCAUGAGGGCGCUAGUGGAAUUGAUGGCGGAUUUCGGAUCAAACAUGGUGGACAAGUCAGCGUACGUGUUGAGCGUGCUGGUAUCGGUGCCGAAGGCGAGGACAGCAUUAGUGGAAGAAGGAGGGAUUCCGGUGCUGGUGGAAAUAAUAGAGGUGGGUUCACAGAGGCAAAAGGAAAUCGCAGUGGUGAUACUGUUGCAGAUUUGCGAGGACAGCGUGGCUUAUCGUACAAUGGUUGCCCGCGAAGGAGCCAUUCCUCCGUUGGUCGCAUUGUCCCAAUCCGGCACCAAUCGGGCCAAACAGAAGGCGGAGACACUCAUAGAGCUUCUACGGCAACCGAGAUCCGGCAACGUCGCUGCUCGAACCUCGGAAGUGUCGGCAUAAAUCUCUCUGCCCCCAUCAUGUUCUGCCCAGCUCUGUGACUUUGUUGGACAACAUUCCCCUGCCCCCCACCCCCUCAGGAAGAAAAAAAGAACAGAGGAAUAUUGUAAAUAUCGUUCCCAGGGAGAAAUGUUUGUAAAAUUAGUGCUAGAACUCAUAUGAGAUUGUGGGCCAAGGGCCAAGGCGAAAAAUCUUAUUUAUGCUGAGAUAAGUUUUCCUUUUUAACAUU